GAUGUACGCAAAGGACGCCCAAGAAACGUACCAAAGUGCUGACUUUCUCCGAGAUAUAUCUAAACACUUUUGUACUAUUAACUCGCUCUCGUUUUGCCUGAUUAACGCCCGCUCUAUACGCAACAAAAUGAAAGAGAUUAUGCUGCUAUCUCUGAUAAGUGGUCCGUCCGUGAUAAUGGUUACAGAAACUUGGUGUACCAAUGAUAUUUGCGACGCAGAGAUCUCCAUUGACAACUAUUCCUUGUUCAGGAAGGAUAGACUGCAUGGUAGGGGAGGAGGGUGCAUUAUCUAUGUAAAGUCUGACAUCACUGCUACGCAGUGCCCUACAUCUGAGCUAAACGAGAUUGACGACUCAGUAUGGAUUAUCGCAAAACUUACUCGCUCCACUUCCCUCCUAAUAGGAUGCAUUUACCGGCCCCCUUCCUCCUCAGUCGAAUACGACGACAAGCUAACAAGCGUGUUCGCCCGUGUGGCAACACUACCACACACAGCGAAAAUUAUAUGUGGUGACUUUAACAUGCCAGAUAUAAAGUGGCGACCAAUUAGCUAUCCAGAGCGCUUUGAUAAAUUCAUAAGCAUUCUUGAAACAGAGGGUUGGCAACAACAUGUGGAACACCCUACCAGGUACAAUAGUGUCCUGGACCUAGUCUUCACAAACGGAACCACACCCACAAAACUCCAAGUGGGUACACAACUUCCAGGUAGCGAUCACAAGGUUGUAUAUGGAUACUUCAAUAUAACCAGCACAAAAGUGGCCCAAAAGUCAGGAACAGUACUAACUAGAAAUUACAAGUAUGCCAAAUGGGACGAACUACAAUCGUUUCUGCGCUGCCUAGAUUGGAGCCCCUACUUUACCAACAGUUCAGCCAAAGAACUCUGUGAUCUAUUCUAUGAAUAUAUAGGCACAGCUCAAGACUAUGUUGCUCCACCGCUCCGAAGAGAAAUUAAGAAAAACAGAGCUGACUAUAUACCAAAGAAAGUACGCAUCCGCAUGCGAAACCAUGUCAGAGAGUACUAUAAGUCGAAUGACUUUUCGUCGCUUGUCACACUCAAAGACACAUACGACACAUUCAAGGCAGAAAGAGUAAUAGAAGCCGUUAAACAAGAACGCAUCCAAUGUAGUAAAACUAGUAAUACAGAAGCACUAGUGAGACUGAUGAAAACCCGGAUAAGUAGCUCCAGAAAUAGUACCCCUAGUUUAAUCAUGGACAACGGCAUCCUCUACGAUAACCCACUACAAAUCAGCGAGCUGUUCGGUUACCAGUUUGCUAGCUGCUUUACACAAGAGGACGAAAUAAAAGUCAUUGGUGCACCGUCAACACCAACUCACUCCAUAAGUACAGUGCUCUUCUCUAAACAAAACAUUUCUCUAGCUAUAGCAUCACUUCGAACCUCAUACAGUGCGGGGCCUGAUGGAAUUCCAACCAUCUUGUUAAAAAGAGGUGGCGAAGAUAUACCGCUGAUUCUCUUGAAGCUCUUUAAUACGUCCCUCUCCAGUGGCAAUUACCCUGAGAACUGGAAACUAUCAUACAUAUGUCCUAAGCAUAAAUGUGGACCAACAUCUAAUAUAGAAAACUACCGACCUAUAAACAUCACGUCAGUAGUAUCCAGGACUAUGGAAAAGGUGAUUGUGAAAGCAGUUGUCGACUAUAUGACGACUAACCAAUUACUCUCACCAGCACAACAUGGAUUCUUGAAAGGCCGGUCAUGCACUACAAGCUAUCUUGACUAUCUAGACAACGUUACAAGCAAGCGUGACCAAGGCCUAUUUGUAACUACCCUUUUCUUAGACUUCAAGCAAGCAUUCGAUAAGGUGCCUCACAAACGCCUGGUCACUAAGUUGCAAUCAUAUGGUUUCCGAGACCCGUUACUGUCCUGGCUCAGAACAUCUUUAGAGGGUCGCUUCCAAGUAGUAAAAUUCAGUAAUUGCUACUCCACCCCUAGACUUAUACAAAGUGGUGUCGUCCAGGGUAGUGUGCUAGGACCGAUACUUUUCCUAAUCUAUGUAAACGAUAUCUGCAGUGUUAUCCGAAAUGGCAUACCCUACCUUUUCGCUGACGACUUGAAGAUAGUCUACAGCUUUUCUCCUGCAGCACUAACACAGGGUUUCUCUCAAAUACAAGAAGAUCUGAAGAGGAUAUUCAUAUGGAGCGAGACCUGGCAGCUCCCUCUAAACCCAAAUAAAAGUGGCAUCCUCCAUUUCAAUAAAUCCCACCCAGAAGUAACGCUACACUUGGGUGAUAUUGCACUGCAGGUAUACAACACUGUGAAAGACCUCGGAAUCACUUACUCCAGAAGUUUGACUUUUACGGAGUAUGCAGACUCAGUAGUUUCCAAGGGCAGAAGACUCAUCGGUCUUCUACACAGAAACAUACUCAUACCUGAGGCAAAACUUAUACUGUACAAGGCUAUGGUUCGCCCAAUAUUAGAGUACUGCACCGUUAUCUAUGGUAGCAUGAAUGUGUCGGACAGAAUUCGAGUAGAGAACAUUCAACGGAACUUUACUCGGCGCCUACUAAUACAUAACGAAGGACUUCCUUACGAAGCAAGAUGCAAAAAACUAGGACUAGAAUCACUCUGGCUGAGACGCCUGAAGCUCAACUUAACACUUCUUUUUCGUCUUUUAUUUACAAACCCUAAAACGAAAUGUGCUGUCACUUUUAAAACAACACAGGCAUAUAAUCUGCGUAAUAGCGAGAACAUCAUCCCAAUAAAUAAGUAUCGCUCAAAACUUCGAUGUAGGUUUUUCAUAACGCAAUACAGUAUGCUGUGGAACAAACUUCCCGCUCCUAUACGAGCAUGCCGUUCGCUCGGCCAGUUUCAACGACUACUUAGUAAAUUCCUCCUAUCUAACGAAUCUCAUCAAUUCGUUGACGGCCAAACCACAAACGGUAAUGCCAUGCACUAAGGUACUACUGGUACCUAGACUCAAGGGAGACUAACAGCAAUGACAUAAGUAUACAAUGCCGAAAACUAAACGCAAUAGUUAAGUUAAAAUCUAAUUUCUUAGAAAAAAAAUGACCAAGAGUGAACAGGAAGCGGAGUGCGACACGAUAUGCUACAGUGAACUUAUUAGAUACUCAAAUGUAACCUACUUUUCUUCACAACCUAACCGAUCUCACGACUUAACACCUAUUUCCUAAAAAUCGCCCCUUAAAGUAAUCUCUCUACUCCGAAAAGAUAAAAGAACUGUCUGUCGGUGCAUUUUCAUAGCAUGCAACUCUUUAUUAUUUGCCCUUUGUCAUCAGUACUUACAUCUAAGUACUCUGCACCAACAUAGUUUCGGUAGACCCGAUAUGGUAAUGCUCAACAGGCAACACCAUGAUCAUCCCCUCGUGACCAGAUAAAGGGUGGUGGUCCUAAGAACAAAAAAAAACCACGAAUUUCACCUAAAUGUUUAUAACUUCAUCAUACGCUUGUACAUAGGUAUAUAACAAGUUAAUACCUGGUCAAAUAUCCUCUAAUCUUUCUAUUUCGUAGUGAUAUCUUCAGCUUCAGACUGACUUUCAUUACUGUCGUGCGCACCUUCAUCUUCUUCCACCUAAGCUUACCUCUAAACAGUUGGUUCUGGACACUUCCUCAAGUAAGUUUAAUAGUCAGUACAAACUCACCCAGAUGUAUCAUGGUCGAUCUACUCCUGCGUAUUUUUGUGCUCCUGUUACAAAUUUCGCCUGCUGCUCGCUUUUGUUAUUCACUUUUCAGAUUUACUUAACCAGUCCUGCAUUCAAAUGGAAUCCUACAAAUCGCAUUCGUCAGCGGGAAAUAUUGGCACCGAAACCUGAUGACGAACGCGCACACCCCAAGGUCAUGACUGUGAUGCGGCCUCACCUUCAAGAAUAUUGGAUGAUUCAAACGAUGACCGGAUAAUCUUCAAAUUCGAACUGAGCCUGCUUCAACAUGCCUCCUAUAUGCCAUAAAUCACAGCAUCUAAUGUAUAGCAUAACAUUGUACAUAAUAGUCAUCUCUCAUUACCAAAGUGAUCAAACCUGUAAACUGGUUUGUAUUCAUGUAACCUUUGUUGCAUGAAAUAUAUUAUUAUUAUUAUU